GUGGAGAAGUGCCUGCUACAAAACUAGCAGCCCUGCAGAAAGUUUUGCAAAGUGACUUUCUGAAUGCAGUGCGUGAAGUUUAUGAACAUGUGUAUGAGACUGUUGAUAUCCAAGGAUCACAGGAUAUUAGAGCAUCUGCAACUGCUAAGGCUACAGUUGCUGCAUUUGCAGCAAGUGAGGGGCAUGCACAUCCACGGGUAGUAGAAUUACCCAAAACAGAGGAAGGUCUUGGGUUCAAUGUUAUGGGUGGAAAAGAGCAGAAUUCACCUAUCUACAUCUCGCGCAUUAUUCCAGGAGGAGUAGCAGAUCGGCAUGGUGGCCUGAAGCGUGGUGACCAGUUACUUUCUGUUAAUGGUGUGGUGAGUUUGUAGGAGGAA